CCGCCCCCCGCUGGACGGGAGGAGCAGCUCUCGUUUUACAUGCUGUUGCUAGGAUACAGAGCACUACAGUGUAGCUCAAGAUCAAAAUAUUUAGUAGCAAAUAGUCUUGCUAGCUCACUUCGUGAAUAUCGCAAUUAACACUUGCAUGAAAAGUUGUUUGGGAUAAACGGAUCUCACACGCAAACACGAUGACUGCAGCUUCCUAUAAAUUUGAUGAUGGACAGACCAAUCCUACCAAAUGUUUCCCAACAGGAACAUUACUCCGUCAGAGAAAAGAAGGUGCUGGUCAUUGGCUUGUGGCUUACAGAAAGGCAGAGGAGCAGAAACACAAGAAUGUGCCUAGAAGAAUAAAAGAGACUUAUAAAGAGUGUGGGAACAUCAGGGGGCCUGAUUCUGCUCGUGGUAACACAUUAGAUGGAGUUUUCUUGCUCAAAUUGCAUUGUGUUGAUAAGCCGUCCGAGCUCUGCUCUGUUGACAUCAGUGAGCAGAAACUGAAUUCUGUCCAGCCAGAAGACCUCAAGGUGUUUGACGGUGUAGUUUACAUCGAUGCGUCGAGUAACUCCCUCUCUUUAGGGUCUUUCAGUAGUUUUGUGUCUUUAAGAAAACUUAAUCUGUCAUUAAACGGGCUUCGCAACAUGACGUUUCAUGCUCCUGACUUCCCUCAGCUUGAGGUUUUGGAUUUGUCCUACAACAGUUUGUCAGCCGAUGAUAUUGUUUUCAUCGGUCGGCUUCCGUGUCUAAAAAGCCUUCAUCUGACUGGAAAUCAGCUUCAUCAUCUUCCUCAACUGCCGGCUACAGAAGAAGACGCACCGUUUAAAGCUCUUGAAGUCCUGAUGCUGGACGAUAACAAGCUGUCCUCUGGAGUCUUCAGCAGUCUUUCAAACCUUAAGAGGCUAAAGUAUUUAAACCUGCAGAGGAACCACAUUUCUGAAAUACCAUAUUUGCAACUUGAGGGCCGUUCCAAACCUCUGCAGACCUCUGCUGAAGAAGAGAGACUUGCCCACACCGAUGAAAGAUCCAGUUUCCCACUACCAGAGCUUCAGUUCCUCAAUUUAGCUGACAACAAGAUUGCGGAGGAGGAAGCACUGAUGGCUGUCGCUCUUUUCCCGAUGCUUCAAGAAAUUGACAUUCACUCCAACCCUCUGACCACACAGAGGAGCGGAGACCCUCCCUUACUGACCUAUUACCUCCAAGAGAGACUGGGGAUUACGAUAAAACGCAAGCAGACACAAGAGGUGGGGAAGCUCCCACUGAAGGUGUCGGCUGAUCCAAGAUGGAAGGUGGAAGAAAGAAUCCCAAAAGUGUCUAAGAAGCCAAAGUUGAUGGAUGCACAAACUCAGGUUGAGAAACGUACGGCGACUGUUGAAUCUGAGGGCGAGUAUAUCGGAGACGACAGCCUCCAAGAAAACACAGAACACUUCUUUGCUACUCAGGCACCAGAAGUUCCUGAAUAUGAGUGCGAUCUUCGAGCCGAUGAGAAAGAAGUUGCAGCGAACAAGGACAAUGCCAUUCCUGAAAGAUUCGCAUGUUGCAAAAUGUUAAUGGACGCAAAUCCUGAUGUGGUGGAGCCCGUCGGAAUUCAAACAGCUGUUCGGAUGCUGGAACACACACUGAAGAACCUUAAUGUUUACAGAGACUCAAAACCAAAACUUGAUAGCAUCCAGAUGCCAUACAGCGGAAGAGAGAAAAUGAUUAAGGAACUCCCCCCGUGGAAGCCAGUAAAGCAGCCAACUGAGAGGGUUGAUAAAAUGAUCAAGGAAAUCAAAGAGAGUACCACAAUCAGAGAAGUGUCCUUAAGCAGCGCCGUGCAAGGCACAGGUGUUAACAAGCAGGAGCACAAGGAAGCUCUGUUGCUGCUGAGGGACAUGAAGACAAAGCACAAAAUGGUCCAUAAGAAAACAAUGGAGCAAGCAGCCAGCAUGGAGUCUGAUAGAAAUGCGAACCAAACCGGAGCUGAACCUCCACCUGUGCAGAUUCUCUAAUUCAUAUGCAAGCGCUCAGCUAAACUGUGAUUUUUUUUCUUCUUGCCUUGAAUAACACCUCCUUGGUGUUGGCAUACAACUGGUGCGAGUGGAGCUGAUGAGGAAGCCAAGCAUAUGUGAAAAAUAAAAGUGAUGUUAUUCAGAUUAAGUGAGAAAAAAUGAAUAGUGGUGAUCCGUUUCCUAAGUCUGAGCUGUGUGUCUUUUUAUGGUUUAAGAACAGGUGAAAAAAUACAUCUUCCAGAAUAUUUUCUCAUAAGUUAGGUUUUGCCUGGUCAGCAAUAAAAUAAUCCGCCAAAACAUUUCAUCACAGAUGAAAAACAGUUACUUAGAAAAUAUUUCUGGCAAAACUUUUCACCCCAACUGUUUCACAGAUGAUUUAUUUAUUUUUUUAAAUCUUGGCAAAAGCUUUUCCUCCCUAUUUUUGAGUCAUAAAGAAAGGGGAGAAACCAUUUACAUCAGACUUGCACCACCAGAAUAUUUUAUUUCUCACUUGCCUCCCAGGGCUUCCAUAUUAAAAAAAUAACUGAGAGAAACAAAGUUCAUUUUGAAGUUUACCAAAAAGAAUGCUAUGGCUUAUAGCGGGCGGUCAAUCAUUAUCUAGAAGCUUACAGAACUGUCUCUGAUUAAUACUGGGACAAGGAUAUGAUUUCUAACAGCUGCACCACUACUGCUAUGACCAGAUUUAUCCAGCAUGCAUGCAUAGUAGCCUUUGCAUCAGCUUUGUUUGUCACUAAUGUUCAGCAGUAACAAUACAAAGUUAACUGGGUUAAGCCAAUGUGUGUACGUUUGCAUCUUUCAGUGUUUCCUCCGGCCCCAACCUGUUACCAUACGUACUCGAUGCCUUUAAACACCUCCGGGAGUUGCUACCAAUAAUAUGUUCAAUUCCAAUAUUAGCCAACAUGCUGUGAUUGUUAUUGAGGAAGAUGUGGAUUCCUACGCACAUCUUGAUGUCCUGAAGCAAUAAAGCAAUG